AUAAAUGCUCGACAAUUGACCAAGUAUGAACAAUCCCAUGGAGAGAGAACUGGAAAGCCGCCGACCACGAAACCAACAACAGUCAAAACAAGGCAUGUCGUUUGUGUCGAAGGUGUUCUUUGGCUUUGACAUUUUUCAAGUUGUGAUGGUGGUAGUCUUCCAAAGUUUGAUGAUCGCUCUUGGGAACUAUAAUGCCUACAACAGCCCAGAGGUAAAUAUAGUGUUAUACCGGUCAGGAAAGGAUCCUGGUGUGGGUCCAGGUCGAAGGAUCUAUAUGAGUCUGUUCAUGGGUGCAGUGGUGUACACUUGUUUUCUUUGCCUCUUUGCUGUAAAACAGCAAAACUUCAUGGAGAUCUUGGCAUUCCUACUUCAAAACUUUGGAUUUGUCACAUAUGGCUUGAUUCAAGUUUAUCAUGUUGGAUUUAAAAAAAUUGAGUUUCCUGGAAGAAAUGCAACAAUGCCACGUGAUGCCCAGUUAUUGCCUAUUGCUCUGACAAAUUCACUGAUGCUGUUUCUGCUAAAUGCUGUCUUUAUGUACCUCUCUUGGAAACUUUACUCAGAGUUUGGAUGGAAGAUCUACAAGCGUGUCAGAUUUAACAUGAGACUUAGAAGUGUUUAUCAUUGGUACCAGUUACUGUCUUGUCUGUUAAAAAUGGAGAUUCUCUACUGGUGCAUGUAUGCACUUUGCAACAGUCUUGUGCUGCUCCAGGGAACAGGAACUGUUUCAUAUUAUGUAAACCUAGUGUUUGUACCUUUCUCUAUACCUUACACAGCACUGGGAAUCUGUGCGACAAAAAGUGAAAUCAAAACUCUCAUGUUGGCUUUCCUCGCCAUAACAUUAGGAGCAGUAGGAUUCUUUAUUUUCAAGCUAUAUGGGUUCAUUACAGAUACGUGUAUGGGCUGUAAAGAAUUUCACACUACUGGAAAGGAUAUCCAUAUCGAGGCAAUUCUGCACUUUGUUUAUUUAGGUUCCUUGAACUUGUUUCUACUGGUCGCUAUACUCGGCGUGGGGUACAAGGUCUUUCGAAAUUUUGGGCUUGGCCUUGAAGAACAUUUCACUCCAAAAGAAACGGGUCGCAACCGUACAGCCACUGACCUGGAUCUACGCAGGCUCAGCCAUUACAUCGAGGAGAGUGUAUUCUCAGUGACGUCAAUAACGUCUAACGAGAGCGAUAAUUACGACGAGCUUGGGGAAUCCUUCAACAGGGAAGACCUGAGGUCGAUAUCGUCGGGUACCCCCCUUGUGCAGGAUUUACUUACUGUUGAGGUUAAGUGUAACUUGUCUAACAGUCUACCCAAUCUAACCACGCCCAAGUCAUCUCGUCCAGCCUCGUGCCCAGCCUUCAAAGACAGAGACGUGAAGGAAUUGGACGAAUUGCUUUGUCAGAACAGCGGCAUUAGCGUCGCAUUGACUAUACAUUCGGGCAAACUACUCUCAAUAGCUGAGGAUGGUAAAACAGUCUCGAAUGAAUCUGCCGCGUGCAAAUUAAAAACAGAUGCACCAGUUUCACAGCAUGUCCCUGUACACCCUAAAGUACAGUCUCAUUCUAGACAUCAAACAAAUAGUAACAAAACAGAGCCAUCUCAGCGUACGGAUGAUUCACGUGCUAACUUUGCCGCUGCCACCACAAAAAUCAACCCACUUACUAGUUCUUCGGCCGGAGAUGACUAUGUGUUUAGGGUUUCGGACCAGAGAGACUCGGGGUGUGUAGACUGUUCAAACGAGCUUCCAGAUAGUAUGUGUAAAACCUUUGCUAAGGUUAGAUCCAAAUGGGAGCUUAAGAUACCUCGGGAGGAGUCAGGGAAGUCUGCAGCCGGCUUGGAUGGCCGGAAUUUAGGAAAUAAUAGUUGAAUAACGAAAUGAGCGAGCAAAGAAUGCAGCGCGAUAUUUUGCUUUUUAUUAUUUUAGGUAGUUUUAUAGUUCAAAAUUUAAUCAUUUUGGAUUUAGUCGAGGUAAUUUUAUAUUUAUGUUUUAUAAUAAAAAGAAUCGAAAGGAGAAUUUA